ACUGAAGUACCACGUUCCACACUGACGUGUAUGUAUCGUUCUCGAAAUUUGUUUUCAUUCAAUCCUAAACCGGUCAGCAGUGAUGAAACAAGUGCCCAAAUCUCGGUGAUUGAAUAUUAUUUCUAGAAAAAAAAUUAACCCAUUCACAAGAGGGAGUCGAUCCCAAGUUACCAUGAAACUAUUCACAAUCGUCCUUUGUGGAGUGCUGUUGGUAUCGUGCAACGGUGCACAGAACAAAACGCAAUUCGUCGCCACAGACGAAUGGCAAGAAAUUGAAGAAGGUCAAUCUAUACCGCAAGGAUUGCACGUUAGAAUCAAUCUACAAACUGGGAAGAAGGAAGCGAAAAUUCUGGAAAAGGAAGAUAACGAUACGCAAUCAGCUGGACCACUAUCCACCGUGCCCGGUGAAGGUCUUCAGGAUCACGGUGGUGGUGCCACUGCCCUACCGUAUGAAAACAUCGGUAAAUUGAAGGAAGCUCUGGAGAACAUUCCCGGCGAUGAUUUCAAGUACAACGAAGAAGAGCUGAAGAAGGUCAAGGCCAAGUUCAAAACCUACGACGAGAUCAAAAAGGAGCUGAAGGACGUCAAUCUGGAGGUGAAAAGCGACAGUGACAUUAUGAGUGCACUUUUUGAACGAUUCGAAGAAAUUUUGAAAUCCAAGAAUCCGGCCGAGAAUGCCGUGAAGGCCGAGUUGGAUGUUAUGUUCGAAGACUUGCAAUAUCUAGUGCAUCAAAUUGACAACGCCAAUGAGUUCAUCGACCGCAAGGGAAUCGAACACAUUAUUUGGCCAAGCUUGAACCAAACCGAGUCAGCGUUGAAGAUACAUGGACUCAAACUACUUGGGACGGUGGUUCAGAACAACCCAAAGGCAAAAAUUGCGCUAUUCGAACGCAAUGGUGGAAGUAUUUUACUGACCAAACUGUCCCAAUCAACCAAAUCUGAGGAAAUUUCCGCUGGCCUAUACGCUUUCGGAAGCUUAGUGCGAAAGUUCCCAUACGCCCAGAGCGAGCUGCUCAAUGCGCACGGCUACAGUUUACUCUUCGACAUUCUGGAUAAGAACAUCGAACCACGGGUGAAGGUCAAGAUCAUCAAACUAAUCACCGACUUGGUGCAGGACUACGAAAAUGCUCUAACGGGUCAGGAAGUGGACGCCACCACGCGGGAGCGAUACGAAUCCACCAAUCUGAAGGAAGGCCUCCGCAAAGCGGAGUACUGCAAACGAGCCGGGGAGUUCUUCCACCAGAACAAAGCCGGCUUCGUGCAGGACGAGAAUCUCACCGAGGAAUGUGUGAGUGCACUGCGUAGCAUUCGGCAGGGACUCUGCCAGGACGUAUGGUCCAAGUGUCCACUGUUUCGGCACACGCUGCUGGUGUUGAGGAACAAUUUGGACACCCGGUUGGACGAUUGGGACGGCGACAAGGAUGGGCGAGAUUAUCUGACGGAAAUCCAACUGGGGAUCGAUAGGUUCGUGGAGGAACUGUACGGGAGUGGUCUGCCGAAGGACGAGCUGUAGUUUGAGCAUUAAAAGCAUUGAAGUUACUUUUGAGUAAUUAAUUUAUUAAAUACUUGAUAGAGUGUUCUUUGUUCGAUGAAUAAAGCGUGAUUCUGCUGAAUGAGAUAAACAUGAA